CCGCUGAGGUCUGUUACGUAUGUACUUGUACAUCGCAUCUUUUAUUCUCCUCUUUGAUUCAAAAUAAAUUAUUCGCGUCCGGUAUCGCAAAAUGAAAUAAAGGACCGCGAAGAAGCGUCGUCUGCUGGUAUGCGACUCGAGCGAACCGCGAACCGGCCGCCGGGCGCCGGGCGCCGGGCUGCGGGGUCGAGGCAGAGGCAGUGAGGCGGCGCGCGGCGCGGGUCGGCGGAGGGGCCGGCAGCGGCGGCCGCGCCCGCUCGGGCCCAGCGGCCCCGCUCAGUCCGCGCCCGGAGUCCGCCGCCGCCGCCUCGCCGCUUCGCCACGCGCCGCGCCAUGGAGAUGGAGCACUUCAUAGAGACCGUGCGCAAGUACCCCUGCCUGUGGAACACGACCGCCAUCGAGUAUCGCGACCAAGAGCUGAAGGACGCUGCCUGGGCGGAGGUGAUGAAGGAGACGGAUCUGUCGUCAGUGAAAGAAGUAAAACUGAAAUGGAAGAAGCUCCGUGACAGCUAUCGCGAUGCGCUAAAGCGACAGAGUGAGAUGUUGGCCAAGGACCCUGGCAACCCCGCUAAGAAAGUCUACCCCUGGAAGUACAUGGGACUCAUGCAGUUCCUGCAGCCGCACAUGAGCGUGCGCAAGAAGCCAGCGGAGUCGCCGCAGUACGCGCCCCCGCCGGCGCAGGACUCGUCCGCGCAUGCGCACAACGGUGACGCGCAUUCGACUGACGACUCCGAUUCGGAACCAGAGUCCUCGCCCAAGCGCAAAAGCGUCGAGCGUCUCACCGUCAUCGACAGAAAGUUAGACUACCUCUGCAAGGCGCAGAGUAAACGGCAGUUUACCGACGCGCACUACCAGGAGCGGAAACGGGAUCGCCUGCCGCCGACCGUGCCGGACCCACUCGACAUCUUCUUCAACAGCAUGUGCCAGUCGACGAAGCGCUUCCCCUACCCGGUACAGAUCAAGAUCAAGAAGACGCUCUUCGACGCGGUGAUCGAGGCGGAGGAGGCGCUUAUCGCAGAGCAACAGAGCUACGCCAGCCUGUGGGCGCGAGGCGCCGGAAGCUCGUCCAGCAGCGAGGCUGGCGAGGGCGGAGAGGCGGGCGAGGCGGACGACGAAGACCGGAAGCCCUCCUGAGCCGCCGCCCGCGCCGCGCUCUACCUCUACUACGCACACUACGCCAACUACGCACGCUACGCCUCCUCCGACGCCUAUCCUUCGUAGAUUCGCGACCGGGAGCCAUUUCGCUUUCGUUUGGACAUACUAGUGGGUGCGAGUAUGGGGCGCGACGUCAUCGGUGUUCCGUUUACCAUUGAGCAGUAUUGUUAUUGUUAAUUAAGGCCCGACUCAGUCGGCUGUAUAUACAUAUGUACGAUAGAAUUAGGGAAGCUACGUGACCAGAUAGUAUACGCUUACAAUGAAAACGUCCAGUGUGGAUAGGUCGUUGACGACUAGUGGUUUUGUGAGAUUGUCUAAUCACUUAUUAUAAGUACUCUUAAAUAGUAUGCGCCCCCAAAUAUUUGGCUGUUGAGGCUCCUUUACUUCCUAGUGUAAAAUGUAGCCUUCCUGUUGACACAGGGUAUAAGUUAGCACUGGCGUGGUUCACGCGUGAAGUUUACAUAAAUAGACAGAAAUUCUGAGUUUCUGAUACAUGACAAAAAUAUACCGUACGCUUGAUCUUCAUUAAAAUGUUUUGAUGUUCUGAUGUUCUGCUCGCGGCAGUGACACUGGUUGCAGCGCGUCCACCGGUAGCGCCGACCGCCGUUACACAAACAGAAAUUCUAUCACAGUAUCUUCUAGAACAUCGAUCGACUGAUUUACUUCCUUGCGAGUAUAACGGUUAGGUUAAGUUUAUAUCAUAGCUAAGGGAAAACUGGAAUGUGUGUAAUUUUUAUUUUUAUACAAACAUGACAUUGACUUCCAAUAAAAUAUAAUAAAAACUUCAUAUAAAAUA